AGCUUGAAUUCAUUUCCAACGUCUCGUCUCAGGCUGCUUCCUCAACUCUCCUCAGGCCGCUAUCUUAGUUCUCCUCUUGCCUGGAACUGAAAAUGGCCGCUGUUGCGUCUUCGUCUGCGUGCGUGGCUACAAAGGUUGUUGCCUCGACCAGGCUGCAAACUCUCAGCUCCUUCAACACGACCGCUAGCACUUACGGUCUUGUUCCUUCCACCAGACGCUCGCUUCAGGCAGUUGGCCGCCGUUCCGUGCAGCCGGUUGCAGCGCUGAAGUGGGUUCUGGAGCCCAUCGGCGAUGGAGACACUACCCACUUGGAUAUGGAGGUUGCGAAGCCUGGGCCCAUUGACGUUGCUACAGACGCUGUUGUGAUCGGGAGAAUGGCUGAGCGAGCGGAUGUCGUCAUUCCUGUUCCCACAGUGUCUGGCGUGCAUGCACGCCUGGAGAACCGCGGGGACGUCCUCGUGGUCACGGAUCUCGACAGCACCAACGGCACAUUCGUCGACGCUGCGCCGCUGAAACCGGGGAACUCCGCGUCCUUGGCCGUCGGAAGCGUCGUUAUCUUUGGCGACCAGCACCUGGCGCAAUUCAAGGUCACACAAGUGGACGUGCCUGAGCCUGAGGCCGCAGCUUAAGCGCAGCCAAUCUGUUUUAUACAGGGUACCACGUUAUGCAAUGUAGACAGAGCCAGCUUUUCCCUGAUCUUUCCAGCGUCGAAGAGUAAAUGCGUAUGCUUUGUUUUUGGCGAAUGUAAAGGGAUGCGGUUUAUCUGCCCUUUUUGUCACUUCCCACUCGAAUGCGA